CGGGAAGUGCUGGCCUCAGAGACCUUUCGUUGCACUGCACGAGGAUCUCAGGAGGAAAUGCGGGGCGAGGGAAGCGAAUGAAUCAAAGCACGAGCGGAAGCAGUAUCACUUCAGGCGUUAGAACACAGCAAGUGAAGAAAACAGACAAGUCUCCUGGCACGCGUAUCCAGCCACAGCUCACCAUGUCUUGUGGCCUCAGUGUAUUUAGAGCUGGUGUUGCGUUGGUUUUGAUGUGCAGUUUUUACACGUCAGCUGAAGACUCCCUCCCAGAACUGAGUCCUCAGCAGUAUUUCAGCUCACUGCAGCCAGGAAAGGCCUCAUUAGCUUAUUUUUGCCAAGAUGGUCCUCUAAGUAACUCUCUGUUUCUCGAAGGACUGAAAGAAGCCAUCAGGCCCCUCCAGGACUACGGGAUUUCAGUCGCAAAGGUUACUUGUGUCAAAGAAGAAGUGUCAAGGUACUGUGGGGAAGAAGAGAGUUUGAUGAAAGCGUAUUUAUUCAGAGGCAGCAUACUCCUCAGAGAGUUCCCCACGGACAUCUUGUUUGACGUGAACGCCAUCAUUGCCCAUGUCCUCUUUGCUCUGCUUUUUAAUGAAGUAAAAUAUAUUACCACCCUGGAAGACCUUCACAGCAUAGAAAAUUCUCUGAAAGGAAAAUCAAAUAUGAUAUUCUCAUAUGUAGAAGCCAUCGGAACACCAGAGCACAGAGCCGUCAUGGAGGCCGCUUUUGUGUAUGGGACCUCUUACCAGUUUGCCUUAACCACAGAAAUUGCUCUUUUAGAAGAUGUCGGCUCGGAGAACAUAGAGCACGCACAUCUCUACUUCUUUCAUUGUAAAGUGGUCUCGGAUGUGACUGAGCGUUGCCGAAGAACACUAAUGGGGCCGCCAUUGACCGCAGUGGAUGUUCACAAAUUCGUGAAGACAAUGGAGGCACCUCUGUUGACGGAGGUGGCUGAAGACCCCCAGCUGGUGUCCACCAUCCAUCUACAACUAGGACUGCCACUGGUCUUUAUUAUCAGCCAGCGAGCGACGCAUGAGGCCGACAGAAGAACCGCAGAGUGGGUGGCGUGGCAGCUUCUGGGGAAGGCGGGAGUUCUGCUCUUGAUGAGGGACUUCGUGGACGUGAACAUUCCCCAGCACGCUAACGUGGCCUUCAGAAGAGCAGAGAAGGACGCGCCUGUGGAAUUUCAGGUGUUGAAUGAUGUUGAGUUAAUCAUUUCCCAUGUGAAAAAUAAUUUGUACUUUGAAGAAAUACAAGAAGAUGAAGGUGAAGACAUGGAAGGCCCAGAUCUGGCUGUUGAAGACGAUGAGGUGGCGGGAACUGUUUACAGAGACAGGAAGAGACCACUGCCUUUGGGGUUGUUGGUGGAACUAACGGAGGAGACAUUUAACACAACGGUCACGGCUUCCGACACCUUAGUGCUUUUCUAUGCUACCUGGCAUGCAGUAUCCAUGGCAUUUCUUCAGUCCUAUACUAAUGUGGCAGUUAAAUUGAAAGGCAGGUCCACCAUCCUUCUCACUAGAAUAAAUUGUGCGGAUUGGUCUGAUGUAUGUACGAAGCAAAAUGUCACUGCGUUUCCCAUGGUAAAGUUGUAUAAGGAAGGCGAGAGCCCAGUGUCUUACGCCGGUAUGUUGGGAAGUAAAGAUCUCCUGACGUUUAUCCAGUUAAACAAGAUCUCCUGUCCAGUGAACAUAGCAUCCAUCCAAGAAGCAGAAAAAUACCUACGUGGGGAAUUAUAUAAAGACCUGUUCAGCUUCUCCAGUGUGUCAGUACUGGGACUCUUUACUCCAGCCAUGACGUCAGCGAAAGAGUGUUUCCAGGAAGCAGGGAAGCGGCUGAGAGGCUCUGUCCUCACGGGAGUUUAUUCUGAAGAUGACGCUUGGAUACUGUCAAAUAAAUAUGCUACAACGCUUCCAGCCCUGCUACUGGCCAGACCCAAAGAAGGUAGAAUAGAGAGCGUCCCCCUAGACACCACCCCGGUACAAGACAUGGUUCAGAUACUAGCAAAUGCACCACUGGAAGCAUUUCCAGAGAUCACUGUGGAAAACCUUCCCGCAUAUUUAAGAUUUCAGAGACCGUUACUUAUCUUGUUUAGUGAUGGCAGCAUAAACCCUCAGUAUAGGAACAUUGUCCUGGCACUGGUGAGACAGAAGCAGUUGGAUUUGUUUACCCCUUGCUGGUUAAAUCUAAAGAACACUCCAGUGGGGAGGGGCGUCUUGAAGGCAUAUUUUGGCCGUCUGCCGCCCCUUCCUCAGCUGCUCUUGGUGAAUCUGCGUUCGGGUGGCCAAGUAUAUGCAUUUCCUUCAUCCCAGCCUCUAACGGAACAAAGCCUUGUGUUGUGGCUUAAAAAUUCACAAGCGGGACUCGAAAACCCCAUUACAGUCUUAUCCGCCCAGGAGUGGAACCCUCCUCUUCCAGCCUUUGAUUUUCUAAGCAUGAUGGAUGUUCCUACAUCUCAGGCUCCCACAAAGAAAGUUCUGGAGUGUCAGAAAGAAGCAGAGGUGCAGGAGAGGGCUGGGCAGCAGCCUGGAGACAAGACAACAACCAGGAAAGAGCCGGUCGAAGUGCUCAGAAUAAAGCACUGGAACAGGAGUAACCGGCCAAAGGAAUCACAGGAGCCUUUUCACCAUGACAAGGAGUUGUGAGCGGACCUCCUGGGACGGCCUCUCUGUGGCUCAGGAAACUCAAGAUCAAUCCUGUUAAGGAACAAGACUAAAUUAUGUCAUCUCUAGACAAGUGCCAUCGAAUGGGAUUGUGAUACAAAUGACAUGUAAAAUUUCUUAGAGGCUACACUUAAAAACCAUAAAGCGAGUAGAUAAAAUUGACUUAAAAUGUACUUCACGCAGUAAACUCCAGACAGCUUAAUUACUACAAAAAUGUUGAGAGAUUUAAUUUUUAAUGUGAAGUCUUCAAAACACUGUGCAUUUUACACUUAAUGCCAUUCCUGACUAUGGAGACCCAUGUUUGAGGGCUUCUUAGCCACAGGUGGUACAUGACUGCUGUAUUGGGCAGCCCACUAUCAGACAAAUACUGGUAUGAUUGACCUAGUUCUAGCCAUGGUGUGCAUUUGAAUCAAAUUGGAAUAACUACAGCAUCACCGUUGACUCUUGGUGGAAUCAUAGCUGGCAGUUGUAUUUAUUUUCUUGUAAUCGGAUUAAAUCAAUAUUUUUCAGUUCUGCCUUUCAGGGUAUUCAGCAAAGUAGAGUUUUAAUAUUAUGACUUGGUGAUACUACUGGCCUCUACAGGACAGAGGUUGGGGUCCCCCUACACCCCAACCACUCUACACUGGAUAGAUGGGUUCUCCAUCAAAGAAUGGUCUUUCUUUUAAUGUCGUUAGUUGCCAAGGUUGCAGAAUUAGCAGCCUCGUAGCAGCCUGCAGCACAGUGGGAUCUCCACGUCUUCUUAGUCUGCCCAGUUACUGUGUUUGGAAAUCUCUGGACAUUAAAAAAUGAGUGGCUAUCGUAUCCUGAUUAUUAAAAAUCAUUUUU